CGCGCAAUCAGAUUUGCAACGUCCGAUGCCAUACCGAAGGCUCCGCAGUCACGACAGACAUCGAACACUGCGGAUUUAUCACCACAAAUGCCAUAUAAAGAGUACAUGCGAUUCGCUUGUUGAAGUGCUAGCCCAUUCAUUUGCUGUUGUCAAUAGCCGUACCUGAAAACCGCCACAAUGAAGGAUCAUAUAAUCUCUAUCACCUUCACAAGCAUCCGCCCCUGAUUACAGGUAGAAGUCAUCCCUACCGAAACCACCAAGAGGAUAACAAUACAACCAUCACCAGAAACUAAAGCGCCCCCUACUUCUCUGGCAAUACAGCCUACAGUGCACAUCAAGAUGGCUCCUCAUUCAUCGGAUUAUUUUCCCCCUCCCAUAACCUACCACCCUAUCACCUCCCCAGAGAUGCCGAAACAGACCUUCAUCCUCCUCCAUGGCCGGGGUUCGAGCGCAUCCAAAUUCGCCCCGGCUCUCCUCUCCACGCCCUUCCAAUCACCUCCCACCCACACCCCCUUAGCCGCUCCAAGCGACCUGGUCUCAUCACAACCGCCACAACCCGCCCUGGAGAGGCCAGAUCCAGAAGCCCAAUCGCAACCUCAACCUCAAAUAUCAUCACCACUCACGCUGAAAACCGCCUUCCCCACAGCAAAACUCCUCUUCCCUUGCGCGCCCCGGCAGCGCGCAACAAUCUACAAACGCAGCCGCAUCAACCAGUGGUUUGACUCCUGGCACAUGGACCUCAACCUCGACGUCAAUGUGGACAAUAACAACAACGAGGAUCUAUCCUCCCACCAACGCCUUCACCACCACCAACAGCAGCAGCAGCAGCAACAGCGGUGGUGGCGGCAGUUCGAAGGCGAGGAGUGGCGUGCCGUUGAUGGGCUGCACGCUACCGUCGCGCAUCUUCACGAGCUGAUCCGCAAGGAGGCCGCACUCGUCGGCGGGCCGGGGAAUAUCUUUCUCGGCGGGAUCAGCCAAGGUUGCGCCGCUGGGCUGGUGGCGCUUCUUUUGUGGGACGGAGAGAGGUUGGGGGGCUAUCUAGGGAUGUGCGGGUGGUUGCCAUUUGAGCGAGCAAUGAGCAGUAUUGUUUCUGAUAAUGGGAAGCAGCAGAAGCGGGAAUUGAGUUCUGCAGAUGAUUAUUGGGAGAAGGGGUUUGAUCCCUUUGUGCGCGACGGAAACGUCGAGAAUGAGGAGCCAGCUGACGGAGCUGCUCGCGCUGUGAAGGUGUUGAUAGAGAAGCUGGAACUAGAUUUGAAACCACCACCCUCGCGUCCACGGUCGUUUGAUACCCCUAUCUUUCUUGGUCAUGGGGAUCAAGAUGAAAACGUGGCCAUGGCGCGUGGCAAAGAGGCAGCGGAGUGCUUGAGAGCCCUGGGCUUCGAUGUCUCGUGGAGUGAGUACCAGGGCCUGGGCCACUGGUAUUCCGCAGAAAUGCUCACAGACAUGACGAUCUUCCUGAGGGCCAGGGCUGGUUGCGAGAAAGAAAAUGAGACGUUCGUGACUGGCAUUACUGCAUAACACUCAAGC